GUACCUAGGCUGGUUUUGAACUCCUGGUCUCAAGCAGUCUUCCUGCCUUAGUCUCCCAGAGUGCUGGGAUUACAGUAUGAGCCACUACAGCUGGCCAAGAUUUUUUAAUUAAUGUUUUUUUCCUGCUGACAUAUUAUUUCAUUUCUAAGGGCUCAUUCUUAUUUUCUAAAUGUACCUUUUUGUAGAGUAUUAUUCUUGUUUCGUAGAUGCAAUAUCUACUCUUUUCCCUACUUUGGGAUUAUUUUUAAAUGUUUCUUUUGUUCCCACUAUCUCUACUUCAUCCAAGUUCCUUUUUACUGUUUGUUUUGGUCUCUGCUUUUUGGGUUAGAGAUUUCCCUACAAUGCCAAUAAUACUGAUUGUCCAUUCAUACUUAAUAGUGAAGCACUAAAAUGCUGAUUGCAAGUUCUAUAUAGGUAGCUAAAAUUUGUCAGAUGAUAGCUUUGAAAAUAGGGUUAUCAACAGGGUGACCUAGUUGUGCUAUUUGUGGGCCUCCCAACUGUCAAAAUAUAAAAGUUUUUUCUUUUGGGACACCCAUUGUCCCCAGAGAGGACUCUGCAGUCUUCAACUCAGGGCCCCCAGCUAGGAAAGGAGUUUGGGGGAGAGCAGUGCAUCUCACUGUUUGACAGGUAGACCCUCAUUCAGUCUCUCUGCUUUCAGUACACUGAGUCCUCCUUAACGUUGUCUAUAGAACGAUGGAAAUUGUGCCUUUAAGAGAAACGACACAGGAUGAAACCAAUUGACCAUCUGCUAAUUGCUAUAAACAAGAGUGAAGUCCCUACGGCGUUUUUCAGGUCACUAAAACAUCAUCAAACUUCUAAAUAAAAACCAAAACACUUCUGAUAUUAAACACUGAAAUAAAUGUAAGCCAUGUAUACAUUUAAGAAAGAUAAAUAAAAACAAGUUAGACAGUUAUUUACCCAGUUACUCCCAUUCAGGGUCUUGAGUAGCCAGAGCCUGUCUGGGCAGCUCCGGGUCAAGUGGGGGAAACAGCCUGGGCCAGGACGCCAUUCCGAGGCAGGGCACACUCACACGCCCACACUGACUCACACUGCAACCAUGUAGACACCGGUUCACCUAACAGCCACAGCUUUGGAACGUGGGAGGAAGCCAGAGUACCCGGAGGAAACCACACAGACAUGGGGAGAGCGUGCCGGCUCCACCCAGGCGGUGGCCCCAGCCAGGAAGUGAUUUUUUUUUUCUCAUCAAUGUUAGAAAGAAAUGACAUUGCAUGAAAUAAUGAAAUUCAAGGACCUGCUGUGCUGGCCUUCACCCCCGUAUCAAGUGCACCAAGGGACCCCAAGUCCACGCUUUCUUCUUUUUCUUUCUUUCUUUUUAUUUUAUUUAUUUAUUUAUUUAUUUUUUUAGCAAACCGGGGAGAUGCAGCUUUUGGUAUACAAUGGAGGUGCAUUCCCCCAAGUGCAGAGGCUAGUUCAAGUGAGCUCAGGCCUUCUGGUAGGGUGGGCCAGCGGGGGCUGCCUGGAUGCACAGGGUGUUCAUGAGGAUGUGGAUUCUAGGUCUCCCUCACAGGCUUCCCACCUGCUGUCCCCUUGCGAGCCCUUCUCUCAUCCCUACCUCCUGUCCCCGGGUUCUCAGUGCCCCCAAUCCCCAGGGCUCUGUGAUGGGAACCUGCUCCCACCUUUGCACACUCAAGUUGCCACUUGUAUGUCUCCAUUCCAUCUUCUAAAAUGUCUUCAUACCUGCCACCUGCUGUCAUCUCCUCUCCUUUCUUUGUCCUUGAAUAUGUAUACCACUUUAUCCCUUUGCUGUCAGGUUAGUGAGGGUUAUGGUGGAAGAGGAGAUAAAUGCAAGUAUUUAUUGCUUCAGAUUUAACAGUUAGGGCCAUGCUUUGUUCAAUUCAGCCUAUGUCUAUUGAGUACCUACCAUGUGGUCUGUUCCUCUUAAAUCAUGGAAAAUUUUCAUCCCAGACCAACUCUUCCCUUGUCAUUGAGAGAGUUCAAGUUCAGGAAUAGGAUUCCUCCCUCCUCUUUGCUCCCAGAGCAAGUCAAACACGCAUACCACAAAUGCAGAAUUCAAUACACUACAGUCCAGUUCAUUUUUCACUUGUCAACGUCCUCAGCCAGACUGUGGGCUCUCUGGUAGCAGAACUAAGCCUUAGUCAUAUCUGUGUCCCCAGCACCUAGCGCAGUGUCUCACACAUAGUGAAUAAUCAGUAAAUUUUGUUGAAGGAAUACGCGAAAGAACAAGUGAAACCCACACUUACCAUGUGCAGGACCCACCAUAGAUUGAAUUUUGAAUAAGCAGGUAUUUAGCGUCAGCCUCGCUACUGCUCUUAGCACAGAUGCUGGAGAACCCCAUAGAACGAGAUGGCCUAGCUGGAGAGGCCUCACAGACCAUUUAUAGGAGAAAAAAGCUGAGAUCUGAGAUCUUGGGUGCUUGAGAGACUCCCAUGUCACACAGGGAGUCAGAAGCAGAGUGUAGAAUUUAACACAGGCCUUGGGACUUCUGUUGUGCAUUCACUCUAUAGGUGACAAAUUUUUACAAAAUUUUUCCUUUGUAUGGAGACUAUAAAGGGAAAAUUUUGUCAUGAAUAUUUUGUAAAUAAAGGUGCAUUUACCUACAAUUUUCCAUUUUCCCUAUGCAUGGUGACUUUUGGGACGCCCUGUACUUUGCUAGUUAGAAUGCGAAGAGAUUUUAUUUAGUUAACAAUUCAUGAGAAAGAGUAUAAAGAAAACUGGGGGGAUUUACAACCAAAUGGAUCGGUCAAGCACAGUGUCCUAUACCAAAGUGCUUCCUCCCAGGAGGCAGGUCUCUUUAACGUGGGGAGUUACAUUUGUGGAUGUUCUAAGGAACAGAUCAGUAUUGGAACUUGUCCAAGCAAAAUCUUGCCAACUUUUACCCAGUUAAUAUGAUCAGAGUGAGAUGGGCUGGACGAAGUCGUGGAGGAAUUUUCGAGACUUGCAGAGGAUGAGGGUGUGGAGGGGAGACGCGGAUCAACAUGAAAGUCUGAGAUGAAGCGAGCCCCGCAGUGGGCUGUGUGCCGGAACAGAGACGAAGCAUGAAGGGUAUUCCAGGGGAUCCUUCCAGAUCGCCCUUCCCUGGAUCCCACAGGAAGGGAUUUGAGCAGGUUGAGACCAUCAAAGAAGGAUGAAAACAGAGAUGACCUGCUUUAAGAACUCACCGGGUGAAACAGCAUCAUCCAGCACACCCACGCUGGGGACACUUGUGUCCCUCGAGUCGCACACGUGGUGAAGGCUUGAUUACAGUGCAUGGCGUGAGAGGAGGGCUCUCAGGAGAGGGCAGGGGCCCUGGGGGCUCGGUCUUGGCAGGUGGUCUUAUUGCUGCACAGAUGUUGGCCAUAGAAAGUGACUCGGGGAAGUGGAGGUGAUGGGAGUGGCGUGGGGACGGGAGAAGCUGGGUGGGGAACGGUGUCUGUAUAUUCAUCGAGUCAGCUGUGGGGCUAUGGGCACCACACUGAGCAUCAGGGACUCAGUGGUGAGCCAAACAGACGUAGUUCCUGCCUUCCCAGAACGUACAAUCCAGCGAACAUCGUGGAACACUGGAGUUCCCAAGGAGCUUCUUGAAAAAAGGAAAGUGUGGCGGGCCUUAUGAGAUAAUUAAGGUAGGCUAAAGAGAUAGUCUAGUAUGUGGUCCUGCCCUGAAGAAACUUGGGAGUCAAUAACGGAACAGGAGGCUACUUGAAGAAGGCUCCACAAGGUGUGGCUUCUGAGUCCCAGAGGGGUACGGACCUCCUAGCCGGGGCUGGAGUCGUGCCGAGGAUGGAACCUGUGACCACGAGGAGUGCCGAUUCCCCCCACAGCUGUCUGCCCCUCGCCCUCCUCCCCCUUUCAGAUCUCAGCCGGUGGGACGGAUCUGAGCCGCUUCUGUGGUCUGCAGGGCUCCCCUCUGGGCAGCCCUCCUGGUCAGAGGGAGUUUGUGUCCUCAGGGAGGAGUUUGCGGCUGACCUUCCACACACACUCUUCCUCAGAGGACAAGGCCACCCACCUCCACAGGGGCUUCCUGGCCCUCUACCAAGCCGUGGAAACACUGUGCAGGUCCAACUAAAUACAGCCACGGGCCGCGAUCAGCCCCUGGGCGGCCAGCGGGCACAUCUGUGCAGGGCCAAUGGCUGCUGCUUUCCUGUAGCUGUGAGCUGCCGUCAGCCCACCAGCUGGGCCAGUGUGGGCUCUGAGGCCAUCAGCACACCUGGAGACAGCCCUGCCGAGAUCCAGAAUCCCUGCCAGGAGCCCUAUUACCAGGCGGUGGCAGCAGGGACACUCACCUGCAAGGCCCCCGGGACCUGGAAGGACAGAGAGGGCCGGGAGGAGGCUCCUCGGUGUGUGCCUGUCUGUGGAUGGCCAGUCGUCCCGGUCGCCCAGAACCAGACGACCCCUGGUUCUCCCAGAGCCAAGCUGGGCAACUUCCCCUGGCAAGCCUUUACCAGCAUCUACGGCCGCGGAGGCGGGGCCCUGCUGGGCGACAGGUGGAUCCUCACCGCCGCCCACACCAUCUUCCCCAAGGACAGCGUCUCUCUCAGGAGGAAGCUGAGUGUGCACGUGUUCCUGGGCCACACCGACAUAAAUGAGAUGCUGAAACUGGGGAGCUACCCUGUCCGCCGCGUGGUCGUGCACCCCGACUACCGUCAGAACGAGUCACACAAUUUCAACGCGGACAUCGCCCUCCUGGAGCUCCAGCGCAGCGUCCCCCUGGGCCCCCUCGUCCUCCCCGUCUGUCUGCCUGACAGCGAGACCCUGUACGCCAGUGGCGUGCAGGGCUACGUCAGCGGGUUUGGUGUGGAGAUGGGCUGGCUGACCACUAAGUUGAAGUACUCGAGGCUGCCCGUGGCUCCGAGGGAGGCCUGUGAGGCCUGGCUGCGAGGCAAGCGGAGGACCGAGGUGUUUUCUGACAACAUGUUCUGUGUUGGGGACGAGAUACAGAAGAACGGUGUCUGCCAGGGGGACAGCGGCAGCGUCUAUGUGGUGUGGGACGAUCAUGCCCGUCGCUGGGUGGCCACGGGCAUCGUGUCCUGGGGCAUCGGGUGCAACACAGGGUAUGGCUUCUACACCAAAGUGCUCAACUACCUGGACUGGAUCCAGGGAGUGAUGGACGGCAGGGACUGACCCUGGGCACUGAGCGGGACCAGCCAGCUCAGGGAAUAGGGCCCCUGUUCAAGUCACUGAUGCAGCAAGCCGCUGUGGGAGAAGUCCUCCUCCCCUCAAGCCUACACCAGCCCAGGGAGAAAGCGAGUCCCACAGCCCCUUCUCCUCACUCUCUACCGCCCUGCACACUUGCACUGCACCCAGGGAAGCCCUGUUUCACCUCGAACAUCCUUAGAAUCCCCCUCCCCACCUCCAUCUGUUGACACGGCAUCUUCUAUACUCACCUGUGUAAGAGUCACCUUCUCACCGCCUAUUCAAGUGGAGCAGGGAGAAAGAGGUAUUAAUUGCAUUGCAUUUCUGAAACAUUCUGAAGACCCUUUAGUUGACCUCCAAAUAGUCAAGCUAUUGGUUUCACCUCCUACCAACAACUCCUAGAUGCAAUUAUAGUUAAGAGCUCCCUUUUUGUUUUAUGUCUUCUACAUGCCCCGUGUUCCACGUGUUAUUUCACUUAAUCCUCACACCGCAUUUGCAAAGGAUGUGUUAUUAUCCACAUUUCACAAAUGAGGAAACUGACUAGCCCAAGUGCCAGCGUUGGUGUGUGACUGUCCUCAAGACCUGUUAGAUCACCCACUUCCCCAUCCCAGUCCCUGUGUCCUUGCAGUUCCCUUUCCCUGGGAAUCCCUACUUCUGUGAAGACAGCAUCGUGUGGCUCACACUCUUCUGCUGGCCCCAUCUCCUGUAGACACCAAGGUGAGCCCAGCCCAGCCCUGGACUGAAGUUCCUGCACACACCCUAGUCUGUGCCCCCGUUAUUGAGGGCUCUGCUCCACCUAAAAAGACCAACUCUUUGAUUUUUAGUAAAGAUUUGAGGUGAUUUACAGUGAAAGAUUGUAGGGGACUGACAUAUAUUUUCCUAGUUUAAGAAUUAAAUUUAGUGAGUAAUGUAUGUGUUCUGCCCAGAGUGU